AUGACCAUACCAGGGAAGCGAAGCUGCCAUCCUCAACCGGCGGAAAGAGGUGCCAAAAAACCGAGACAGGAUCUAAAUAACUCUGAAGCCACUGUACGCGGCAACUUCAUAGACUUGACGCUCAACGAUGAGGACAACGAUCAAAACGCUCAUGUGGCAGGCGCUUUGGAAGUGACCUCCUCCAGCACGGUCAAUGGGUCUUUAAUUGACCAAACAAGCCGUCCUUCUCUCUCAUACUCUCCUCAUAUAGUGGAUAAGCUCUAUGAUACUUGUUUUGGAAUGCUCUGCAUGCGUGCAACCGCCUCCGAUGAAGGACAACUACCCGUCGGAUGUACCCCUGCAACCCUCAUCUUUAGCCGUGAUGUGGUGCGCGUCAAGAUAGGUACUGAGAAGCGCGUGGCGAUUCUCGUUACCAAAGCGCUGUGGUCUUUGACCACCAAAUUUGCUGUUACGCUGCACGCGACGAUCUGCGGCCGAAGACCGAAACUAGCUGCGACCAAAGAUAAGUUGAGCAAACGUACUAACAGCCUGAUUGCCACUACGAAGAUCAAGUAUUACUCGCUCCGAGUCUUCAUUUACGGAUUUUCCGGGCAAAAAAAGGAGAUCGGAGACUAUCUGGCAGGAAAGGAGUUGUUUCUGCAACAUCCUCAUCCGUUGGAGAUCGAUAGCGGCGUAAAGUAUUUGAAUCCCCAAUACCUGCUCCCACCAGGUAAGGAGGAGAUGCCUCCACCCAGCCAGCUAUCAAUCGCGACGUGUUGCGCGGGUCGUGAGAGUCCGGGAACGGACGCGCUGAGUGAAGACAUAAGGGCGAGAUUAUACCAGAUUCUCGAUACCGCCUCGGCUAACCGGGGGAUAAAGUUGGCUAUUCAACCAAGUACCCGUCUUACAACGGUGCUGAAAAGGCAUCAACUCGAGGCGCUGAUCAUGAUGGUGGAGAAGGAGACAAGGAUCUUUGAGGACUCUCAAUUUCCAUCUAUUUGGCUACCUUUCAGAAGCCCCGGUGGGGUGAUUCGAUACCAGAACAUAGUUACCAAGCUGUUCAGUAUGGAGCGGCCUGCGCCCGUCGGGGGCGGGAUCCUGGCAGACGAUAUGGGAUUAGGGAAGACCCUGUCAGCCCUUGCGCUUGUCUGCAACUCGCUCGAUCGGCACCAGGAAAGUGCCCUGACUGGCGUUCCUAAGGGCACCCUAAUUGUGACGCCUAAGUCAACAAUAUACGGAUGGGAGUCACAAAUCAAAAGGCAUAUCCAUCCGGAGCAGAUACAGUGGCUGACCUACCAUGGAUAUAAACGUCACGAGCUGGAUAAGAGCCUGGAUAAGUACGAUGCUGUGCUGACUACCUACGACAUGCUAAAUGCAGAAGGGGAAGAAAGCUCUUUGCUCAACCACGAGUGGCAACGAAUAAUUCUUGACGAAGCCCAUCGAAUACGAAACUCAUCAUCAAAGACAUUCCGCACCGUCUCCUCCCUGCAAGCCCAAUACCGGUGGUGUCUCACCGGCACACCUAUCCAAAACCGCCUGGCCGAUUUCGGUGCGCUACUGGAAUUUAUACGGGUUCCGCCGUUCGAGUCCCCAGGUUCAUUUAAUAGGCUGAUAGUGGAUUCCAUAUCGGAGAAUAAAGCCAGAAGCUUUGACCUUCUGAGGAGCGUGGUUACUGCAACUUGUUUACGACGAACAAAAACAAGUUAUGCAGCAGAGCUCCGCUUGCCCCGGAAGACCGAGCUAGUCGAGAGAGUGCACAUGGAUAAAGAGGACAGGGAACUCUAUGAGUUCUUCAAGCGCUAUUCCUUCCUCACAGCUGGAAAGGCAGUAUCGUCACAGAAAAGGGCUGGAACUAACAUUCUUGUGCUAAUCCACCAUCUCCGACUGAUCUGCGAUCAUGGUGUGGCCCUCCUUCCCAAAGCUGCCCUCAUCGCGUGGCACGAGCGCGAUGACACCUCCCUGACCUGGAGGACUCUGGAAUCUGAGACAGUUAAGUGUGCAUUCUGUGCUCAGUCAGUCGAAGAGAAUCGCUCCAGUGAAUCCUUGGUGGAGGAAGUGGGCUGCGGACAUUUCAUUUGCGAAAGUUGUACUACGGAAAACAAUAGCCAGCCGUCGUGCCCCAAAUGUGAAGCAACUCAAUGCCGCAGCUCAUCGCCGACCCCUACUAGUUUCGCGCACCCUCUUGAAGUAGGUUAUGCUCCCUCGGCCAAGCUUAGGGCGCUGCUGCGCAACAUCACCCAAAGUCGGAGUAUCUCCGAUAAGAAUGGAGUCCAGACGAAAUUUGUGAUUUUCAGUUACUGGACUAAGAUGUUAGACCUCAUAGCGACCGCGCUCACCGAAAACCACCUGACGUUCCGGCGCAUCGAUGGACAAUCGUCUCUUAGUGAACGCAAGGAAGCAUUGAGCGUUUUCGGUAGCGAUCCGCAGUGCAGAAUCAUGCUUGCAAGUAUUGGAGCAGCGGGCGAGGGGAUUGAUCUUACAGCGGCAAGCUCUAUCCAUAUUGUGGAACCUCAGUGGAACCCGAUGGCAGAAGCACAAGCUAUCGACCGCGUUCAUCGCAUUGGACAGGAACGAGAUGUGGAAGUUGUUCGGUACAUCACAAGCGAGUCAAUCGAGUCGUAUGUUCAAUGGAUCCAAGGGGACAAACUCAGAUUAAUUAGCAGAGCUCUUUCUCCUGCCGAACAAUGUGCUGAAAACGUGACAGAAAAGUGGUGGAAAAAAAUGCUGCAGUAUUUAAAAUAG